AUGCUGUUUAGAGCUUUGUCUUUGUGUGCUGGAGAAGAGAAUUGGGUGGACAGUCGGACUAUUUAUGUUGGGCAUCGUGAGCCACCUCCAGGCACUGAAGCGUACAUUCCACAGAGAUUUCCAGAUAACCGAAUAGUUUCAUCAAAGUACACGUUUUGGAACUUUGUACCGAAAAAUUUGUUUGAGCAAUUCAGAAGAAUAGCUAACUUCUAUUUUCUCAUAAUUUUCCUUGUUCAGUUAAUUAUUGAUACACCUACUAGUCCAGUUACAAGUGGACUUCCACUUUUAUUUGUCAUCACGGUAACGGCUAUCAAACAGGGUUAUGAAGAUUGGCUUCGACAUAAAGCUGACAAUGCAAUGAACCAAUGCCCUGUUCAUUUCAUUCAACAUGGUAAACUGGUUAGAAAGCAAAGCCGAAAAUUAAGAGUUGGAGAUAUUGUAAUGGUAAAAGAAGAUGAAACAUUCCCAUGUGACUUAAUAUUUCUAUCAAGUAGUAGAGGAGAUGGAACAUGUUUUGUUACAACAGCUAGUUUGGAUGGUGAAUCCAGUCAUAAAACUUACUAUGCUGUUCAAGAUACAAAGGCAUUUCACAAUGAACAAGAAAUGGAUGCACUUCAUGCUACCAUUGAAUGUGAACAACCUCAGCCUGAUCUUUAUAAAUUCGUUGGUCGAAUAAAUGUUUACCAUGAUAUGAAUGAGCCUACUGCAAGGCCAUUAGGAUCUGAAAAUCUGCUUCUUAGAGGAGCCACUUUAAAGAAUACAGAAAAAAUAUUUGGUGUUGCUAUCUACACUGGCAUGGAAACUAAGAUGGCAUUAAAUUACCAGGCAAAAUCACAGAAGCGAUCUGCUGUAGAAAAAUCAAUGAAUGUGUUCCUUAUUGUAUACCUCUGUAUUCUCAUCAGUAAAGCACUAAUAAAUACUGUCCUGAAGUAUGUUUGGCAGAGUGAACCAUUUCGUGAUGAGCCAUGGUAUAAUCAGAAAACAGAGCCAGAAAGGAAAAGAAAUCUGUUUCUUCGAGCAUUUACAGACUUCCUUGCAUUCAUGGUUCUUUUCAACUACAUUAUUCCUGUAUCUAUGUAUGUCACUGUGGAAAUGCAGAAAUUUCUUGGUUCUUAUUUCCUUACAUGGGAUGAGGAAAUGUUUGAUGAGGACACAGGUGAAGGACCACUGGUGAAUACUUCUGACCUCAAUGAAGAGUUGGGACAGAUUGAGUAUGUCUUCACAGAUAAAACAGGAACGUUAACUGAGAACAACAUGGAAUUUGUAGAAUGUUGCAUUGAAGGGCAUGUUUAUGUACCACACAUUAUCUGCAACGGACAAAUUCUCCAUGAUUGUACAGGCAUUGAUAUGAUCGAUUCUUCUCCAGGAGGAAGUGGAAAGGAGAGAGAGGAACUAUUUUUCCGAGCUCUUUGCCUUUGCCACACUGUUCAGGUAAAAGAUGAUGACAGUGUAGAUGGGUUGAAGAAAAACCAGCUCUCAAGAAGGUCUUGUAUAUAUAUUUCAUCAUCACCUGAUGAAGUUGCUUUAGUUGAGGGAAUACAGAGACUUGGUUACACCUAUCUAAGACUGAAGGACAAUUUUAUGGAGAUCUUAAAUCGGGAAAAUAACAUAGAGAAGUUUGAAUUAUUAGAGGUUUUGAGUUUUGAUUCUGUGAGACGGCGAAUGAGUGUAAUUGUUAAAUCUUCAACAGGUGAUAUAUUUCUGUUUUGUAAGGGAGCAGAUUCUUCCAUAUUUCCUAGAGUUAAAGAAGGCAAAAUUGAGCAAGUACGAUCCAGAGUUGAACGCAAUGCAGUGGAGGGACUGCGAACAUUGUGCGUUGCAUAUAAAAAGCUCACAGCAGAAGAAUAUAGAAAUGCACAGAAGCUGCUUCAGAAUGCAAAGUUGGCCCUCCAGGACCGGGAAAAGAAAUUGGCAGAAGUGUAUGAGAAGAUAGAGAGGGAUUUUAUUUUACUUGGUGCUACAGCUGUUGAAGAUCG